AUUUUAAGAUGGACAGAGGUCUUUUGAGAGACUUAGAAGAGAGAGAAAAGAUAGAAAGAAGCAGAGCAGAAGAGAGAAUGAUGAAGGUGAAGAAACAAAGACAUGAUCUCAGGUCAACACAGGGUCAAAUACAUCAGUCAUCUCUGAGGAUUAUUUUGCUGGGGUCGAAGAACUAUGGGAAGUCUUCAACAGGGAACACCAUCCUGGGUGAAGAUGUGUUUGAGUUGCGCACUAUAUCAAAGUGUGAGAAGAGAGAGGGGGAGGUGGCAGGGAGGCAGGUCACUGUGGUCGACACUCCAGGGUGGGAGCUACACAGCAUGGAUAAUCCUCCUGUUUUUCUGAAGCAGGAAACUUUAAUGAGUGUGUCGUUGUGUGAUCCUGGACCCCAUGUUUUUUUAUUGAUUGUAGCUCUAGACACAGCUGUGACUUCUCAAGUCAGACUACAACUGCAAAAAUAUCUGACACUGUUUAGUAAGGCUAUCUGGAGUCACACCAUGGUGCUGUUUGACUUUGGAGACUGGCUGGGAGACACACUCAUUGAGCAGCACAUUGAGAGUGAGGGACGGGAUCUUUGCUGGCUCAUUGAGCAAUGUGGGAACAGAUAUCAUGUAUUCAACAAUGAAAAAAAGGAUGAUAAAGAUCAGGUCACAGAGCUUCUGGCGAAAAUUGAAGAAAUGUUAGCAGGAAACAGUGGACAUCACUAUGAGACGGACAGAAAGAGACUGGAGGAAGUAAAGGAGAGGAGGGCGAAAGAAGAACAGAGAGCAACAGAGAGACUGAUGAAGGUGGAGAAGCAAAGAAAACACCUCCAGUCACUGAAGCAAAAUACAUGCCCCCUUUCAGAGUUCAGAGUUGUGCUGCUGGGAUACAGAACAUCUGGGAAGAGUUCAUCAGGAAACACCAUCCUGGGCAGAGAGGAGUUUGACCUGAAGAGAAGAACAGCUCAGUGUGUGAAGAGACAGGGAGAAGUAACAUGCAGACAGGUCACUGUAGUUGAGGCUCCAGGAUGGUGGAUUAAUUUCAACCUCAAAACCUGUCUUGAGCUCACUAAACAGGAGAUUGUGUUCAGUGUGUCUCUGUGUCCUCCAGGACCUCACAUUUUCUUACUGAUUGUAAAAAUAGCCGAAGCGUCAACACAGGAUUACAUUAGAAACAUCCAAGAACAUGUGGAGAUUCUCAGUGAGAGAGUCUGGUGUCACACCAUGGUGCUGUUUACCCGUGGAGACUGGCUGGGAAACGCAACCAUUGAGCAGUACAUUGAGAGUGAAGAACACCUCAGAUAUCUGGUAGAGAAAUGUGGGAACAGAUAUCAUGUUCUCAACAAUGAGGACAUAGGUGACAGAACACAGAUCACAGAGCUGAUGGAGAAGAUGGAGGAAAUUAUCUCUGGAAACGGGGGCCGUCACUAUGAGAUGGACAGAAAGAGACUGGAGGAAGUGAAGGAGAGGAGGGAGAAUGAAGAAGAGAGAGCAACAGAGAGACUGAUGAAGGUGGAGAGGCAAAGACAACACCUGCAGUCGCUGAAGCCAGGACAUGCAUCCCCCCAGUCAGAGUUCAGAGUUGUGCUGCUGGGAUACAGAACAUCUGGGAAGAGUUCAUCAGGAAACACCAUCCUGGGCAGAGAGGAGUUUGACCUGAAGAGAAGAACAGCUCAGUGUGUGAAGAGACAGGGAGAAGUAGCAGGCAGACAGGUCACUGUAGUCAAGGCUCCAGGAUGGUGGAAGAAUGUCAACCUCAUAAACACUCCUGAGCUCACUAAACAGGAGAUUGUGCUCAGUGUGUCUCUGUGUCCUCCAGGACCUCACAUUAUCUUACUGCUAGUACAAGUAGCUCAUUCUAUCGAGCAGGAUGACAUUAGAAACAUCCAAGAACAUGUGGAAAUUCUCAGUGACAGAGUCUGGUGUCACACCAUGGUGCUGUUUACCCGUGGAGACUGGCUGGGAGACACAACCAUUGAGCAGUACAUUGAGAGUGAAGAACACCUCAGAUAUCUGGUAGAGAAAUGUGGGAACAGAUAUCAUGUUCUCAACAAUGAGGACAUAGGUGACAGAACACAGAUCACAGAGCUGAUGGAGAAGAUGGAGGAAAUUAUCUCUGGAAACGGAGGCCGUCACUAUGAGAUGGACAGAAAGAGACUGGAGGAAGUGAAGGAGAGGAGGAGGAAUGAAGAACAGAGAGCAACAGAGAGACUGAUGAAGGUGGAGAGGCAAAGACAACACCUGCAGUCGCUGAAGCCAGGACAUGCAUCCCCCCAGUCAGAGUUCAGAGUUGUGCUGCUGGGAUACAGAAUGUCUGGGAAGAGUUCAUCAGGAAACACCAUCCUGGGCAGAGAGGAGUUUGACCUGAAGAGAAGAACAGCUCAGUGUGUGAAGAGACAGGGAGAAGUAGCAGGCAGACAGGUCACUGUAGUCAAGGCUCCAGGAUGGUGGAAGAAUGUCAACCUCAUAAACACUCCUGAGCUCACUAAACAGGAGAUUGUGCUCAGUGUGUCUCUGUGUCCUCCAGGACCUCACAUUAUCUUACUGCUAGUACAAGUAGCUCAUUCUAUCGAGCAGGAUGACAUUAGAAACAUCCAAGAACAUGUGGAAAUUCUCAGUGACAGAGUCUGGUGUCACACCAUGGUGCUGUUUACCCGUGGAGACUGGCUGGGAGACACAACCAUUGAGCAGUACAUUGAGAGUGAAGAACACCUCAGAUAUCUGGUAGAGAAAUGUGGGAACAGAUAUCAUGUUCUCAACAAUGAGGACAUAGGUGACAGAACACAGAUCACAGAGCUGAUGGAGAAGAUGGAGGAAAUUAUCUCUGGAAACGGAGGCCGUCACUAUGAGAUGGACAGAAAGAGACUGGAGGAAGUGAAGGAGAGGAGGAGGAAUGAAGAACAGAGAGCAACAGAGAGACUGAUGAAGGUGGAGAGGCAAAGACAACACCUGCAGUCGCUGAAGCCAGGACAUGCAUCCCCCCAGUCAGAGUUCAGAGUUGUGCUGCUGGGAUACAGAACAUCUGGGAAGAGUUCAUCAGGAAACACCAUCCUGGGCAGAGAGGAGUUUGACCUGAAGAGAAGAACAGCUCAGUGUGUGAAGAGACAGGGAAAAGUAGCAGGCAGACAGGUCACUGUAGUCAAGGCUCCAGGAUGGUGGAAGAAUGUCAACCUCAUAAACACUCCUGAGCUCACUAAACAGGAGAUUGUGCUCAGUGUGUCUCUGUGUCCUCCAGGACCUCACAUUCUCUUACUGCUAGUACAAUUAGCUCAAUCUAUCGCGCAGGAUGACAUUAGAAACAUUCAACAACAUAUGGAGUAUCUCAGUGAGAGAGUCUGGUGUCACACCAUGGUGCUGUUUACCCGUGGAGACUGGCUGGGAGACACAACCAUUGAGCAGUACAUUGAGAGUGAAGAACACCUCAGGUAUCUGGUAGAGAAAUGUGGGAACAGAUAUCAUGUUCUCAACAAUGAGGACAAAAGUGACAGAACACAGAUCACAGAGCUGAUGGAGAUGAUGGAGGAAAUUAUCUCUGGAAACGGAGGCCGUCACUAUGAGAUGGACAGAAAGAGACUGGAGGAAGUGAAGGAGAGGAGGGAGAAAGAAGAGAGAGCAACAGAGAGACUGAUGAAGGUGGAGAAGCAAAGACAACACCUGCAGUCGCUGAAGCAGUUCAGAGUUGUGCUGCUGGGAUACAGAACAUCUGGGAAGAGUUCAUCAGGAAACACCAUCCUGGGCAGAGAGGAGUUUGACCUGAAGAGAAGAACAGCUCAGUGUGUGAAGAGACAGGGAGAAGUAGCAGGCAGACAGGUCACUGUAGUCAAGGCUCCAGGAUGGUGGAAGAAUGUCAACCUCAUAAACACUCCUGAGCUCACUAAACAGGAGAUUGUGCUCAGUGUGUCUCUGUGUCCUCCAGGACCUCACAUUCUCUUACUGCUAGUACAAUUAGCUCAUUCUAUCGCGCAGGAUGACAUUAGAAACAUCCAAGAACAUGUGGAGAUUCUCAGUGACAGAGUCUGGUGUCACACCAUGGUGCUGUUUACCCGUGGAGACUGGCUGGGAGACACAACCAUUGAGCAGUACAUUGAGAGUGAAGAACACCUCAGAUAUCUGGUAGAGAAAUGUGGGAACAGAUAUCAUGUUCUCAACAAUGAGAACAAAAGUGACAGAACACAGAUCACAGGGCUGAUGGAGAUGAUGGAGGAAAUUGCCGUUGGAAACGGGGGCCGUCACUAUGAGAUGGACAGAAAGAGACUGGAGGAAGUGAAGGAGAGGAGGGAGAAAGAAGAACAGAGAGCAACAGAGAGACUGAUGAAGGUGGAGAAGCAAAGACAACACCUGCAGUCGCUGAAGCGGAAUUCAUCCCCGCGGUCAGAGUUCAGAGUUGUGCUGCUGGGAUACAGAAGAUCUGGGAAGAGUUCAUCAGGAAACACCAUCCUGGGCAGAGAGGAGUUUGACCUGAAGAGAAGAACAGCUCAGUGUGUGAAGAGACAGGGAGAAGUAGCAGGCAGACAGGUCACUGUAGUCAAGGCUCCAGGAUGGUGGAGUAAUAUCAACCUCAUAAACACUCCUGAUCUCACUAAACAGGAGAUUGUCCUCAGUGUGUCUCUGUGUCCUCCAGGACCUCAUAUUCUCUUAUUGCUUGUAAAAGUAGCUACUUCUUUGACAGUGGACAAGAAACUAAAUAUUCAACAACAUCUGGAGCUUCUCAGUAACAGAGUCUGGAGUCACACCAUGGUGCUGUUUACCUGUGGAGACUGUCUGGGAGACACAACCAUUGAGCAGUACAUUGAAAGUGAAGAACACCUCAGGUAUCUGGUAGAGAAAUGUGGGAACAGAUAUCAUGUCCUCAAUAAUCAGAACAGAGAUGACAAGCAGGUCACACAGCUGCUGGAGAAGAUUGAGGAGAUGGUAGCAGGAAAUGGUGGACGUCACUUUGAGGUUGACAAAACUCUUCUACAGGAAGUGAAGAAGAAGAGGAGACACCUCAGUACAAGAGUGGAGGACAGAGAGACAAGAGCUUACAAACAGGAGGUUAUGUUUAAAUAUGUCAUGGGUGAACUACAGCCUCUCUGUGGGAUAAAGGUGAUGCUCCUGCAGUAUGUUGAGGAGUUCACUUCCGAACGAAACACAGACCGUGACAGAGGAGAGAUGGCAGAAGGAGUCACGCUUCAGUCUGCAGAGGAAAUCAGGGGAGGUCAUGAGAUCGCUAGAGUUAAGAUGACACCAAGUAAGAGAAGUCUAGAAGAGACUAAAGCAGAGUUGGUGUCUCUGUGUGAUCCUGGUCCACAUGCUUUAGUGCUGAGCAUUUAUACUGAUCUUCACUUCACUGAGAGAAGAAGGAGACAAUUCCAGACACAUCUGGGGCUUCUGGGGGACAGAGUUUGGGAUCACGCCAUAGUGAUGUUUGACUCCUCUGAUGACCUGUCAGUGGACAGGAACAUUGAGGAGUACAUUGAGAGUGAAGGAGAGGCCCUGCAGUGGCUGGUUGAGAAAUGUGGGAACAGGUAUGUUCACUGGACAGGUGAAGAGAGCAGGCCAGGUGUACUGAAGAAGGUUUAUGAGUUAGUGGUUCUCAAUGGAGGAAGCCAUUUCCAGUAUGAGGAAGGGAGGACAAAUGAGACCACAGCAGCAGACUGGAAGAUGGAGGUGCAGCAGUUGGUGGAACAGAUGGAAGAGAUUGAGCUGGCAAAGAGCAAGGACACUGCCCCCGAUAUGACAGGUGAUGAUAAAUCUGAAAAAACCUCUGGUUACGGGACAUUCAUCUCAGACACAGCAUCUGAAGCCCCAUCAGAUCAACACUCUCUGAUGUCAGGAGGUACCAGCUCUGGGAUUGGCUCUUUAACAUCUGGAAGACUGGGAUGUCACAAAAAGUUUGACAAAGUCCCAGAGCCAUCAAAUGUACAUGGGCCUAACGUCAUUAGGGAAGAUUCCUCAGAAGACACUUUUCUGGACCAAAAUGAUUUGGAUUCUGUAGACAAUCCUGACUGGAGGAGAGACAUGAGAGAACUGUCUGAUAAUAUGGCUGAGUUGGACAUUUCAUCAGGCAAAAUUUUGUGUCAGUAUUUCAAACAAACAAACUGCUGCAAAUCCUGUAAAGAUGUUGAAGACACCUCACACUGGAUCCUGAUGGAACCCUGUGUUUCCAUGGAAACAGGAGUCCCAGUGUAUAAACACAGCUCUCCACCAGGAAGUUUUGAGUGCACAGCUUCUGGUUUGCGCUGGGUGUGUGCGGUUGAAGUCUCUCUACAGUAUCACUUUAGUGACCCCAAUGUAUUCAGAGCAGAGCUUGCCAUGUUGCAGUAUGAGCCAAUUGGUCCCUUGAUGGACAUCAAAGUGCUCUCAGGUGAACUGUUGGAGGCUCAUCUGCCCCAUUUUGCCUGUCUGGAAGGUUCAGACUCCUCUCUUAGAGAGGCUGUAAGAGUUCUGCGUGGGGUUGACAGUAGUGUAACUCUAGAGAAAUGUGAGCUGACCCGCUUCCACGCAAAGCUCCUCAAGCCCUCCUUCUCACUGACAGAAGUCCUGGUGAAAUUUGGAAUCCCAAUGAAAGCCCAUCUGGAUGUGUUAAUCUACCGGACCAGAGUGACACCCCUGGUUCUACUCACAUACGUUGUGCCGAGGGAUGCUUCCAUGAUUCAGGCCGUUGAGGAGGAUUUACGAGAGACACAAGAUGCUAAGAAGAUCAAAACGCAUCGACCAGAUAUGUCCAUUUGGAUGCACACAAAGUUUAGCCUGAAGUCAUCUGCCAGUCAUGCUAGAAGUUCCCCACCAGAGAUCACCCUAAAAUACAUCAGACCUCCUGACCUAUUCCGGGUGGUCGUUGAUAAAGCAGAUGACUGUUUUGAUUUGGAGCUGAUCAGUGAAGGGCAGUCCAUAUGGAAAGCUACACUGGAAAGCUUUGAAUUUGGUGAGACUGGAGAUGUGGCACACAGUCAUGAAAUGCCCUCAGCAGCAUCCAGACGUUGCCAAGUCAUGACCCACAGAGAGGUGGCUUACACAAGCAGAGCUGCCAGGACUGAUGAGGAAGAAGGGAAAAUGGCCUCCAUGUUACACAAAGAUCGACUGUUCAUGAUUCGUCCUGAUCUCAUCAAGAAAACAUCGGGAGCUCUACUCCGAGAUCUGUUGGAUGAACUUCAAGCUUCGCCUCAUGUGAUAAGCAGCAGGGAGGCAGAAGACGUCCUGCAGAGGACCAGCGUGCUGCAGGACCAGGUGACCUCCCUCAUCGACAUGGUGCUUAAAAAGGGGGACAGAGCAUGUGGCAUCAUGCUCUCCCUCCUAAAAGAACUGGACAGCUACCUUUAUCAAGACCUUGGCCUGUAAAAACAAACCUGUGGCAUCAUGCUCUCCCUUCUUAAAGAACUGGACAGUUACCUUUAUCAAGACCUCGGCCUGUAAAAACAAACCUGUG